AGAGGCUGCUGAGUAAAUAUUUUAUUUAAUUAGAAACACAAUAGGGAGGGUGCUGAAUGCCAUUCUACGUCAAUGCAAAGAUCCUCCCUAAACUUAGUUGGUCCUACAUAUUUAACCCUCAAUAAUCUUGACUACAUCUAAAGAAACAUACAAUAAACAAUCAUCAAAUGGGGUUUUAAAGAAAACGGUACAGGAGAGUUUCUCGUUGCCAUCAUAGCUGAAAAAAUAAGGCAUUGAUGAUAGGAUGGUAACAUUCACUGACAACAUAAUGAAUUGGAAAACUUAACAAGGUGGUGACACUCCCACUGGUGUCCUACUCCCACAGUCUUAUUAGACUUGUCUUUAUCUUUCAACACUUCUCCCAGACUGGGGCUCCUUCAGCCACACAGGAAACACCCAAGGCUUGUUUUAGCUAAGAACCACCUUAUCAACUCAUCACAAGAAAACAAACCUCUGGUUGAUAUGGAGACGUCCUCGAAUGUCCAUUCAGGUCAUAGACUGAGAGCGAUGCCCCGUAAAGAGAGGGAGAGGGGAGCUGCAGUGCCUCCAAGAAGUCAACGUCAACGGCUUCCAAGAGCCGGACAGCAACCUGAAACUCCAGCAGUCAGGAAGGACAGCACACAGCAGAAGACAGAGACAAACCAGGGGAUGAUGGAGGGGGAUGCAGAGUUUAAGCUGAAAUCUACAGUGGUUGACAUUGAUCGUGUUAGAGAUGAUGAUGUCAAGGAGAACCUGGCGCUCUUAGAAACAACGGAGCAGGAAGAUGGUCUGAAGAGGAAGAACUUGGGAGCAUUUGAGUGGCUGCUGAUGGUCUUUGCCUUGAUUCUGGUUCUCCUUUUUCUUCCCGUCUCCAUCUGGUUCUGUGUCAAAGUAGUCAGGGAGCAUGAGAGAGCUGUGAUCUUCAGACUUGGUCAUCUUCUGCAAGGAAAACCCAAGGGCCCAGGCCUCAUCUUCUACCUCCCUCUUCUUGACGUGUGUCACAAAGUCGACGUCCGACUCAGAAUGUUGAAGAUUCCUCCUCACAUGGUGGUGACGAAGGACCUGUCCAGGCCUGAGCUAAGUGCAGUGUGUUACUACCAGAUAGAAAACGUAGCUCUGUGCAGCAUGGCAUUGUCCAGUCUGACCUCAGUGCUGCAGAGUCUGGUCCAGGCAGCCAUCAGAGAUGUUCUCGCCCAGCACACGUUUAGCUACAUCCUGCUGCACCGGCGCAAGACUGGGGAGCAGAUCCGAACAGCCGUGGAUGCUGUCAGCGGUCGCUGGGGCAUCAGGGUAGAGAGAGCCGACAUAGAUGAGCUCAGUUUCCCCGCUGAGCUGCAGCAGAGUCUGGCUGCAGAAGCUGAGAUCAAGAGACAACAGCAGGUCAGAGUGAAAACAUCUGAAAGUGAGACGUGUGGCUGGGAUGGGUUUCGGGCCUCUCUUCGUCAUCUCCACCCUGCCUUGGUCUUUCCUCUCCCUCCAGAUCUACUCAACAUGAACUCUGACCUCUCCUCCCUCCCUCCACCUCCUCCCCCCACUGUGGAAGAAGAUGGACAGGUGACAGCUGCUGACCCAGGAACAGACUCACCUAUGAUGUGAUAUCCUGAAAUGUUCAUUAUUACCAUCCUUAAAAAAAUCUCAGAUGAAUCACUGAUGGGACUCUCAGUCAUGGAGCUCCUUUAGUUUAUAUGAAUCUUGCACAAAUCUAUUCAAACUGAUCACUUAAAUGUCUAAUUGUGUCAAAUAUUUUCUCAUUUGUGUUCUAAAGCACAAAAACAGGGGAGGUCUGAUCACAUAUCUGUGUAAAACUUCAUUUAUUUAGCAGAAAGAAGAGAUCGUUUUGCUGAAAAAGCAUCAGGAGGUUGGAGAAAAACGACAGCAAAGCCUGUCCACGCUCUGUAACACGUACAUGCCAUUUCAAAUGAGUGAUAUCUUUAUUUGUGUUAAUGAGGAGCGACUGGUUCGUAAUGGGAGAUAACGUUUUCCUCUGACUAAAUACAACAUGAAUCUAGUUUUAAUACAAGUUAUGACACACCAGAUCAUUUUUUCUUGCUCUUCUUGGUGGAUGGUUUGGCUUCAGGGGGUGUUGUUUUAGGAGGAGCUGGUGUUGUAGGAGGAGUUGUUUCAUUCGUGUCUGAAACAAAGAUGCCUGUGUAAGUUUAAUUAGAGUGUUCCUGUUAGUUUAAGAGCUAAUAAAAGUGAGUGAUCAGCCUGUAACUUCAUUACUUUGAGGCUCCGGGGGCAUUUGCAGUUGCGACUCCAGGAGUUGCUGCUUCUCUAGCGAUGCCUGCAGGGCUUCUUCAGCUCUCUGUGCUCGCUGCUCAGCAUUUGCUGCUCUCACCUCUGCAUCCCUGAGCAAAAAAAAAAAAAAAAAAAAGUUUGCUUCAGAAAAAAGGAUUUUUUUUUGCAUGUGCUUAAGUAGAAGGAGGAUAAUAAUCGAGAUAAGUUUUACCAUAAAAAUGUCAAUAUUUCACCAAAUAAGUGUGUGAGCCAUGUUCUAGAUGCAGCUCAUGCUGAUGUCUCAGAUUCUGGCUUACUGUAAUAGCCAUUGGUUGCUCAGGGUUUGAGUUAUUGCAAACACUAAGGACACGCUGAUACACUUAAAAACUACGAUUUUCUUCAACAAUAAAAAAAAAUCCUCUGGGCAGCUUCCAGAGGAGCCACCAGGCUGGGACCAGCAGGUCCAUCAGGACGCUAAACCCCCAUCCCAGCUUUCCCAUUUUCCUUCUCUGACCUCUGCCCCCAGACACUAACCAAAGGUUUAAAUGGCAGAACACACACACAGUUGUCACAACAUUUUACUACUAUUUAUACCUUAAGAGCUGCCACAUGUGUGUUUUUAUAGGUAUUUGGUCAUUUUUGCUGCAUAUUUUUACUGUUUUGCACCUCGACUGUGAAGAAACACCAUUUCAAUUAUGUGGUUGUCUGGUACAAUUGGUAAUUUAGUCAAUAAAGUGGAAUUAACUGAAUUAGCAGCAUA